CGGUCCGAAACACUGUGUCACUCUGACACUAAACAUGCGCCAUCCACCAAAGCUUAAGUGCUCUCACUAUCUCACUCCCCCCCUCUCAGAACCAACCUUCUGUUUUUGUGUUCUUUUUUCCCUUUAACAAAGAAAUAAAGACGUUACUGAAGAACGUUGCAAGGUUCAACACAAGUUGUACUGUUUUUUGUGAACAAUGGCUUCAAGAUUCAACCUUGUCUUUGCUGUUUCUUUGCUGCUGCUUCUUUUAGAUUUCUGUAGGGGAAGCAUAGUUGGAGUUUGCUAUGGAAGGAAUGCUGAUGAUCUUCCAACACCUGAUAAAGUGGUGAAAUUGGUUCAACUUCACAAAAUCAAAUACCUAAGGAUUUAUGAUUCAAAUAUCCAAGUGUUGAAGGCAUUUGCAAACACCGGUGUUGAACUUAUGGUGGGAGUUCCGAAUUCGGACUUGUUAGCAUUCUCCCAGUUCCAAUCAAAUGUUGAUUCCUGGCUAAAGAACAGCAUCCUUCCGUAUUACCCGGCCACAAAAAUCGCAUACAUCACAGUAGGUCUUGAAGUCACGGAGAGUCCUGAUAAUGCCACUGCCUUGGUUGUGCCUGCUAUGCAAAAUGUGCUCACUGCAUUGAAGAAGGUUGGCCUGCACAAGAGGAUUAAAGUUUCAAGUACUCAUUCCCUUGGGGUUCUGUCCCGGUCAUUCCCACCUUCUGCUGGGGCUUUUAACAGCAGCCAUGCAUUUUUCCUGAAACCUAUGUUGGAAUUCCUAGCUGAGAACCAUUCGCCUUUUAUGAUCGAUUUAUAUCCUUAUUAUGCUUAUAGAGAUUCUCCGAGCAAUGUCUCUUUGGAUUAUGCUUUGUUCGAGUCAUCCUCAGAAGUCAUAGAUCCUAACACUGGUCUACUUUACACCAACAUGUUUGAUGCGCAGAUAGAUGCCCUUUAUUUUGCCCUGAUGGCCUUAAAUUUCAGAACAACCCAGGUUAUGGUCACUGAAACUGGCUGGCCUUCCAAAGGUUCACCCAAAGAGAAGGCUGCUACUCCUGACAAUGCUCAGACUUAUAAUGCCAAUCUAAUUCAUCAUGUUAUCAAUGACUCUGGCACUCCUGCCAAGCCUGGUGAAGAGCUUGACGUGUAUAUUUUCUCAUUGUUUAAUGAGAACAGGAAGCCUGGACCGGAAUCCGAGAGAAACUGGGGCUUAUUUUAUCCUGACCAGACUAGUGUCUAUAACCUGGACUUCACCGGAAAUGGUAUUGUUGAUGUGACAAACAGUGGGAACGGCACCAAUUCAAAUGUGACAACCUGGUGUAUUGCUUCUAGCAAAGCUUCUGAAGCAGAUUUGCAAAAUGCCCUGGAUUGGGCUUGUGGUCCUGGGAAUGUGGAUUGCUCUCCCAUUCAGCCUAGCCAGCCAUGUUUCGAGCCUGAUAAUACACUUUCUCAUGCCUCGUUCGCAUUCAACAGUUACUACCAGCAAAAUGGGGCUACUGAUGUUGCUUGCAGUUUUGGAGGAAAUGGAGUCAAAGUCGACAAGGAUCCUAGCUAUGAUAAUUGCAUUUAUGUUACUACAAAAGGCAUAAACAAAACCGCAACAAGUAAUAUGACCUCCAUAGCUAGUACUUCGUCAUCCAGACGGACUGAAGUGUGUGCAUGGAUUGCUAGUUUCUUUCUAAUGAUGCUAGUCUCAUUUGUUUUAAACCCCGAAAAGGUGUUGGAUGCAUCGAUUUCAUGACAGUUGAGGGGUCUGGCAUGAAAGUAUUCAAUAAAUUUGCGGUGGGGAAGAACUUGCUGCUGCCUUCUAGUUUUUUGGUAUGGUAUUGAUGAGAAGUGUAUAUGAUGUCCAAUACCGCUGUUUGUUGUUGUAUCAAAUGUGGUGCUAUUUCCAGUCAAUGAAUGUCCCUGUUUUUGGUCCAAAA